AGGGCAGAGCCGGGGACGGGGACGGUUUCGACCUCGUCUCGGAUUUCUUCUGCUUCAGGAUCGCUCGAGAUGGGCCGGUAGAGAGCGGACGACGAUGACAUGGUGGUGGUAGCAGUGAGGAACGCGCCAGGGCCACCGGACGAUCAUAUCGUGACAAACCCAUUCCCGGCCAGUUGUCGCUACUAGCUCCGGCAAUCACCGGAGUCUUCCUACAAUACUUGGCGCACACUUGCAGUGCUAAUGCUCUCGUUAUGAUUGUUCGAACUGAUAAACUGACAUUGGAGAAGGAAAGCAAGAUGAACGGGUCCAGGCCAAUGAUAUUUCAGGCUUUUUAAAUUCACACUUUGGGCACACCCUUUACAUAAAGUUGGAAAGCGGACCCUGCUCGCGAGACGCACCUUACCAAAAGCAGGAGCAUGCUCUCAGGUCUUACCAAAGUUUCUCGGUCGUUUAGGCCAUAAUCAUCAUUGUUGGCCCAUGAAGGAUCCAAGAACGUAAAAGAUAUCUACGAAGAUGAAUCGGUGACCAGAGACGGACCGAGAUUGAGACAUUGCCUCGACUAGACCACAAUACCAUUUGCGCUUCACACCAGCUCUAGAAUGGCACAGAAAUUCAGUGCAUAAUCAUUAAAGAGGUGGUCAAACACCAAGUGCUUCUUUAGGUAUGAUUUGGUUGGGUCCCUCCGCAAGGAUAAGACGAGUGAGCUCAGCCCUGCGCUUCUGUUCCUUCCUCGUCUUGCGCGCCUUCUUCUUCUCAGACUUCUUCGCAACAGCCAGGGUGAGCCAUCUCCGCUUCCUCUCCGCCUCCUGCUCGUCCGACAACUUCUGCCGCCAUUUGUAAGUAGCGUCGGCCACAGCCUCUUUAGCCGUCCGCCCAUUGAGCUCAGCCUUCUCCGCCGCGACAUACUCCAGCAGCAGCGACUUCUUGUAGGCGAGAUGCGCCUGCCAGCGGGCCAUCUUCUUGGCGCGUGAAUGCGGGUUCGACAGCUCGCGGUGCAGAUAGCUCUCGACAGGCGGCGACUGCCCGAACCACGGCUUCAUCGUCGGAUGCGACAUCCCCUCGAUGUACUCGUCCUCAGUCGGGACACGAGGCAGAGGUGCAGUGAGCUUGCUCGCAAACGCCGGGGGCACUGGAUGAGCUGGCUAGCGGAGCGACAGUCACGCACCCGGGGGAAGGAACGGGACCUUGGGCACUGGCCACGGAACAGGGAUCUUCUGGUCCUUGAGAUGAGGAACCACAGGGUUCGUCUUGAUAGCGUAACGUUCCCACUCCCAGCGGUGUUUUCGCCCGUUCCACACCGGAGGCGAAGUUGACAGCCGUUCAGCGAAUACC